ACGGGGAGGAUUUCCACAAACAUCACUGUGGCCCCACCCAGCAUCCUUGCGCAGGAACUUUCUUAGAAAGGCUUUAGCAGGGAAUCAGCGUCCCCCCUGUGUUUCUCUGCGUCGAGCCAAACCAUCUCUCCGUAGCUCACACCCUUUCCCACCCAUACCCUACUCUCGAAGAAGAAGAAAAGAGGGUCCCAAAGAUGCUUAGACAUACAGCCAAUGAACAACGGGAGACCCCGAUACUGAGAAGGGAAGGACCCUGCUUUGUAAUUCAGAGCCAAAGCUACUUGUUCGACGUCUCUCUCUUGCAAGCGAAUCACGUCAGACUUGUUCCAAUUAAUCUUUUUCCCUGACACCACUUGGAACCAUCUCAAGUUAACCUUCAGGGAAUCAGUAAUGGUUAUCCCACCCCCAGUCAGGCCACCAAGAAUUAUGAAGUAUCUCAAGCCGUAUGUCUUGAAGAUGCACUUCACAAACAAGUUCGUGAGUGCCCAAGUCAUUCACACACCGACGGCUACAGUGGCCUCUUCCGCCAGCUCACAAGAGAAGCUGCUGAGGGAGGGCAUGGAAUGCACCCGGGAUGUUGCUGCUGCUGCAAAGAUCGGUAAGCUCCUCGGCGAGAGGUUGCUGCUCAAAGACAUCCCUGCAGUUUCCAUUUUCUUGAAGAGAGAGCAAAAGUACCAUGGUAAGGUGAAGGCUGUUAUUGAUUCCAUGCGGGAAGCAGGUGUGAAACUGAUCUGAGCACCCUCUUUGGUUUUUGCUCAGGAACUGUUAGAACAGGCUCGCCCUUUUCUCAUAUGAACUUGUUUUGGUUCAAGAAUGUACUUGUUUGGUGGGCCUUGGAAGAUCUAGCGACCAUCGGUGUUUUAUGAACUAUGGAGUGAACAGUGAGGUGACCAUGUUGCAAUGAUACUUACAGAGGCUGCGUUUGGAUGCACUA